GUUCAGCUUCAUAUUCCGUACUCUGAAUGCUAUUGUACAGAUACAUUAGGGGUUGUAUAGUUUGGAGGAGAGGGCAAGCGAGCUUAGUUCGCUUGCUGUUGGCGGGGAGAGCCAGGGUGGCUCUGGAACCCGUGGGGAAGCGUUGGAGUCGUCCAGCCAAACCCUCACACGGGCCUUAAGUCGGAGGAUGUCGGAAGCAGAGUCUGACUACUCUUCCGCAUCUGGCGCUUACUCAUUGCGCAGCUUGAGUUCACAGCGCCAAAAAAAGGGGACGUUUAAACGUCCCAGGUUGAAGGAGGGCGGGGAUCCGUCCUCCAACGAGCAGGAGGCUCCAGCCCCUAAGAUCCCUACGGCUGCGCGGGGUAGGGGUCGAAGAAAGGGCUGCGAGAGGCCGAUGGCCGCUACUCGGGCCGAGUCAGCUGAAGCUGACUCAUCAGAAUCUGGCGGCGAGGGCUCGGUAGGCGACCUUGGUGCCAUAAAUGGCGACCUUUGCAAGGUGGUCAAACAAACACUCCGGACGGUGGCUGAGCAGAAGUCCGAGAAGGGCCGAAACGGAGUGUUAAGGCAAGCGAAGGCAGCCAUUAUGAAAGCGGCUCGACAGUGUGGACUGCCUUCAGCGGCAGGGCAGCAGAUGGCCGCCUUGCAAAAAGAGCUGGGGGAGAUGCGCCGAGAAAUGAUCCGGCUGACAGCCUCCAAUGCGGCUAUGGAGGACGAGCUUCGGUCAGCCAAGGCCGAGCUCGCCGCUGCUCGCGAGGGUCGACCCCGAGCCUCGCAGCCAGUGGAGGCCGACAUAAUCGGCCUGGUGCGGCGGGAGAUGGCUGCGUUCCAGCAGCGUUUUGACGUGCUGGAGAGCAGGAUCCUCCGCCCCCCACUCGCAGGGAGUCAAGCAGCACCGCGCACAUUUGCGGCUGCGGCGGCUAUGCCGACUACUCCUGGUCGGUCCAGCGGUGUCCGGGCCCAACCGCCGGCGGCUUCGCCGGCGCAGGCUUCAGCUGAAACGGUGGUGAGGGCGCCAACAGUUCGUAGGCGUGGGGGCGCCGUGCCUGGGCCGUCUACUGCCCCAGCUGUGGAGCCUACCCGAACUUCGGGUUCCCCUGCCAGCGGCGGCGGAUGGCAGGUGGUCGGAGAGGCGAGGAGGGUCGCCAAGGAAGGGCGAAAGCGCCGAAAAAAGGAGCAGCGGCAGAGGCAGCGGCAGCGGCGCAAGGAAAAGCGCGCUGCGGCAAUGCUUGUCGCCCCUAAAACCGCGGCUGUAGUGAUAACUCUACAGCCGGACGCGGUCAAAAGAGGCGUGACAUAUGGCGACAUCCUCGCCAAACUGAAGCAGGCGGUAACUCCCGCGGAGUACGGGGCCCCUAACGGGUUCUCUUUGAAAGUGACGGCGACUGGAGCCCGUUUACUAGAGGUCCCCGGCGCGACCAGCGGUCCAACCGCUGACGCUCUAGCCGAAAGGCUCAGGGUGUGCCUUGGUGCAGACGAGGCUCGCGUGUCAAGGCCAACCAAGUGCCUGGAGUUGCGUAUAAUGGGCCUGGACGACUCCGUGACGGAGGAGGAGGUUGUGGCCGCUGUGGCCAGGACGGGUGAGUGCCCUGCAGAGCAGGUUAAGACCGGCACCAUCCGUCCAGAUAAUUCGGGGUUGCGAACGGUUGUAGUGAGCUGCCCCGUCUCAGCGGCCAAGAAAAUAAAGGAGGGUCGAAGGCUCCUGGUAGGCUGGGUCUCGGCGCAGGUCAAACUGCUCGAGGUCCGACCUAUAAGGUGUUUCCGCUGCCACGUAGGUGACCACGUGAGCGCUAGGUGCACCUCGGAGGUGGACCGCAGUGACUGCUGCUUCCGUUGCGGUCAGCCCGGUCACAGAGCCGGCUCGUGCUCUGCCCCGCUACACUGUCACGCAUGUGCGGCGGUUGGUAAGCCGGCCAAUCACCGGGUCGGGAGCAAGGCCUGUUCCCCUCCUGCCAAAUCCCGGGGCAAGGGUAGGCCCUCCGCUGUCCCCGUCAGUCCCGCCCCCGCCGCUGCAGUCGCCACUAAUGCCGUCGCCGCGGCCACCACUGGCUGUAAUGCCGUCAGGGAGGAGGCUGGGAUGGAUUGCCAAUAAUAGCUCCAUUCCGCCUCCUUCAGGCGAACAUCAACCACUGCGCCGCCGCUCAGGAUCUCCUGCUUCAGAG